UCUCCUGCUGCCUGUCGACCUGGUCGACCGAACACGAACUGACGAAGUCGUAGCCGUAGUAGGCCGGGGUAUGCUGCGCUUUCUCUGAUCCUGCCCACUGAGCGGUCAUGCUAUUUUUGCACAAUUAUUUCAACCUAUCCGGAGUUGAGCAUCUAAGUCCUGCAUGCGGUUGUCGUUGAUUGACUGAACCGCUGUUUCGUUCCUUUUUUAUUUCCACAGUGGAAGCCUUUUCUUUACUGGACCGCUGUUAGUUCGGAGACAGAGCGGAACAGACUGAUCACUUCAAGUAUCGGACACUGUUCCUCGGGAGAAAGCCAUGGCUAGCAGCAACAGAUCUCAAGUCGCUGCUGCUCCCGGGACCAGCUCCAGCGGGGUGCAUCAGCGUGUACCUGAACACGACGGGGACGAGGAAGAAAUUGAGGAGGAGACGUUCUGGGAAACGCGGAAAUAUGACCUUCUGGAGCAGAAAGAUCGAUUCGUGGACUUUGCAUGGGACCCAGUCAAUAGAACUGUUCUUGGGCGUGACAAGAAGAGUUGGGGUGAAAUUGGAAUUUUCUACUUCAUCUUCUACGUAUGCUUGGCCGGUUUUUGGAUUGCAGCCCUCAUUCUGUUCCUGGAGACUGUACCCGAACAGGUACCCAAGUAUACCAACCUCAUAGAUCGACCAGGUUUGAAUCCUGCUGCCACAAAGAUGAGCGUUUCAGUAGGUGGUUUGAACGCGAAUCUGAAAUCAGCCACUGCUGCAUUUUUGGAAGGAUCUUUCUACAACGUGACAAAUACUACGGAGAUGAGUAUCUUGAACAGUGGCCUGGCGUCGGGUUGCAACCUUGAUGAGAUGUCCAGGGACCGUACUAUCUGUAUGUACAUAGCUGUAAACAGGGUGUAUGAGUGGGCGCCAGAUACAUCAUCACUGGAUAUAACAUGCAAAUACAAAACCGAGAGCCUCAGAAUCAAGACGGGUGAAACUACUGAGGCAUACAGCAUGGGAUCUGCAGCAUUCAACAUUGUGCACAACUUCUUUCCAAGAGAGCUUUUCCUGGGUGACCACGUGCACUCUUUUACGACAGCCAACAAGAAAGCAAAUAUUUAUCGCAACCCUGUAACGAUUGUCGUCUUCCCCAACUAUCCCAACGGAACCCUCGGAACGGUUUCCCUGAUUUGUUCUGGGAAGAGCGAGCAACUGGACACUGAAGCUAAAUUCGAGCUUACCCUAGAGUGAGUAGAGAUGUACCAGUCCAACACAUGGAAAUAUGGCCCUGUAAUUUGCUGAGGCAUGUAUAAAAGAUGAUAUUCUUAUUAUCGCUUGCUGUUUUGACGACAUGAUAGGUUAUGUUUGGAAGAUGGCUGCUACUGGCUGUGGUCCAGGGUCGUAAAGCAAAGUGUUUACCCACUACUUUCAUAUACGUACAUAUCAAUAGGUGAAUGCUAGUUUGUGGCAGGUCCACCUGGCUUUCUCUGCUUACCUUCUAGUGUUAUUAGUAAUUAUUGCAGGACUCAUCGGUUUCAUGAGCAGGAAUGUGAUUUUCUAUAAUUGUUUUAAGUUGAAUUGCAACAGAUUUUUCUUCCAUGUCUAGGUGUAGAGAACUUCAAACCAGGGUCAAUUUAUUUGAAUUGUGCUGGUACACCGAGAAGGUAUUCUUUUUAGAUCCUUGCAUGUAUUUAUGCUGGACGGAAUAUGCAUUAAAAAAAAAAUCAAAUUGCCAGAGUA